UUCGACACAGAAAAGAAGAAGGUUACAGCUGGGGCGUGGUUUUCUGAUAUCUCGCUCAACUAUCUGCCGUCAGCGUUCAGUAAAUAGCAAAGAGACGGCUUCGACGGCUAUCGUUGCCUGGAAAAGUUAAAAAUGGACCAAAAAGCGAUACGAGUUCUGUUGCUUUUAUUUCUUUGCCCAAAAAUCAAUUCUGCUGGUGAGCCUAAAACGGUAAAAGAGGGGGAGCCGGUGAAGAUCGUGUGUACGCUGCCUUCGCCGGGGACGAUUGUGUUCUGGUUUAGAGUGGUGGAGGACUCAGGCAUGGAAUUCAUCGGGUCUUUCGCCCCUGGUGGUGCUUUAAAAGUAGCUGGACCCAACCAUGGCAAGAACCUCGUUGUAAGCAAGCAAAGUGAUGACUUUGUUUUAACGGUGAAGUCCUUCGACAGGAAAGGUGACAGUGGAGUGUACACCUGUGCUGCUCUCAUCACCGGAAAUAAGCUCUCAUUUGGACAAGUAACUCAACUUCGAGGACCAAUUACAGCAACACCAAAACCACCAGUAAUCCAGGUUUCCACCACCAGGCAGACAACAACUCCGACCAGCUGUCCUUGUAACUAUAAGGAUAAGUCAGCAGGCCCUUCCCUGUUUUGUGCUCCGAUCAUACUGGGCCCACUGGCCGGAGGCUGUGGCCUUCUUCUCCUGCUCCUCGUCAUCACCGUUUUAUACUGCAACAAAAUGAGGACUCGGAGAUGCCCUCACCAUUACAAAAGAAAGCCGAGGAUGAUGGCUCCUGAAAAACAUCUGCCCGACCGGUACACCUGAAACGGAUGUAGUGACUUUGUCUGCAGUUUUUCAAAGUGCAGCUAUAUUUCCCUCUUUAUGUUUGCCAGAAAAAAAAGUAUUCUUUUAACAACAGCUUGUAAAAUACAAAAUUAAUAAUCUGACAUGUCAGAAGAAAAAAAAAAUGUAUGUAUGGCAAAAAAUAUUUAGUGACCGAAGCGGCUCCCUGUUUUGAGUACAGAGAGAGCUUUGGUUAAUUAUAAAUUAUGCCAAACUUAUUAUUACUAUGGACAUGAAGUUUUUAACUGAGGUGCAGAUUAAUGUCAGAAAACAAUGCGCUGCUGUGUUAGCAAUUUUUAUUAUGUCUUGUGACAGUAAAUUUGCCCAAUCCUAAUUGUUGCUGAUGUAACUGAAGACGAAACUGAGAAUAUAUUAUGUUUAUAUUCCCAACUAACCUUUUUGUAACUGUAUAUUGAUAUUUGUUUCUCCUUUUCUUUGCUCACAUUUACAGUACUUCGAUCUGAGUUUCCUCUUGAACUGAGAUCAAACUUUACCGUCACACUUUAGCUUCCUGUUUGUGCUUCAAGCUUUUAUAUAACCACAGUUCGAUUGUUCAGGUGAAAUAUAACUUGCUUCUUGGAUGUGCGUUUUCUUUCAUUUUAAUACAUUAUUUGGGCAGCCAAACUAAUAAUAAAAAAACCAAAACCUGAAAUCUUAA